GCAUUUGGCAGACCAAGAUCAGCAGCCGAGAAAAGAGACACUUAAGGAAGGAAAGGCUGAAACAAAAAGAAGGCCCCAGCAGAGCAUCCCUGGGUAGCUCAGCGGUUGAGCCAGCCUUUGACUGGGAUGAGAAGGGAGCGGCGUGGCCACUCACAGAGGACACCAGUGGCAGUGGAAAAGGUGCUUCCAUUGCCAAGGCAGAGUGUGGGACUGUGCUGCAGGCCUCAGGAGCCAUGCGGGAAGAAUUGGCAACCUCCCGGUCAGAAGAGGAUGUUUUCUCCAAUGUGGGAACAUGGGAUGUUGCAGAAGUAAAAUCCUGUCCUGUGACCUUUGGGACAUUAUCAGAGCUGUCCAAGGAGUUAGGUGAGAUGCUUUUCCUGUAUGCAGAUAACAUGAAGAGGAAAUCAUCUGAGGACAGUCCUUCCAGGUGUUGUUGGCACGCCAGCUCGAUUUUCUUCCCUGCAGACAAUGCAUGGCAGGGGCAGGAUGAUCCUUCAGCAAUUGACCUAGACUCUGACUGGAAGGCUCCCACAGAAGAAUGGGGAAACUGGACAGGAGAUGAGGAGCACCAGACAGGGGAUGAGAAGGACAAGGAUUUGCCAAAAGGCAAAGCAGGCAUUCAUUCCUGCCUUUCUGGACUCGAAAGCAAAACACAGCGGAAGAAGAAGAAAAUUGAAGUGAAGGAAGCAAGGGAUGGAGCUGGACUGAGGCAUCAAGGUUUGGAAACAAGAAUGGAAGAAGGCCCAAGGGACUUGAUAUCUACAAAACAUAACAGUGAUGCCGUCUGUGCUUCCUUCAGAAAAUCCUUGGACGUUGCUAAUAAUUCACCCAAUAACAUAGGUGGCCCUUGUAAAACACAUCCAAGAACCCCAAAAUACCCUUCUUCAGGCAAAAAGCCAAGAGUCCUCAGGGACAUGAUUGCACAUGGAAGGUUUUUGCACUGGUGUUGUUUGUUUGUAUGGAAGGUGUACCUGGAAAAAAGGAGAGGAGGAAGAGGAAGAAAAUGA